UCUUGAACGUUGAUCCAUCCAACAUAACGACGACCCCGUCUCUGAUCUCAUUCAUCCCUCAAACUAACUGUAGAUCAAUUAUGUCUGACCAAAAGAAGAUCUUUGUCUUCACCGCUACCGGUGACCAAGGUAGCUCCGUCGCCAAGUAUCUGGCCAAGACUGGCCAGUAUGAGAUCUGGGGAUUGACAAGGAACACGGAGAGUGACAAGGCGAAAGAAUUGACCCAGCUCGGAGUCAAAAUGGUCAAGGGCGACAUGGACGACGUUUCGUCCUACGAGCCUCACCUCGAAGGCAUCCACGGAGCCUUUGUAAAUGCUGAUUUCUGGGCCAAGUACUUCUCCAACGGUUUCAACGGAAAAGAAGCUGGCGAGUACGAAUAUGGCGUAGCGACCCGUGCGAUCGAGGCCGUCGUCAAGGCCGGAGCCAAGCAUAUCAUCUACUCUUCUCUUGAUGACUGCCCAUUCGUUCCUCAUUUCCAUUACAAGCAGGAAGUAUCCAAAUGGGCAAAGUCCAAGGACUACCCCGUGACCAACCUUCACGUGGCACACUAUCUUUCCAACCUUGUCAAAUUCCCAGACUUCAUCAAGGCCGACGGAGAAGGUGGGUAUAUCCUUCAGAUCGCUGCCGCGGACGAGACCACCUUGGGCAACUUUGCGGUCGAACAGACUGGAGGAUGGGUUGUCCCCAUCUUUGCAGACUCGAAAAAGUAUCUCGGCGGCAAGGUCAAUGCCACUUCCGAGACAUUGACUGUCAAAGAAUGGGCCAAAGAGAUCUCCGAGUACAUUGGUAAACCCGUCAAGACGAUGGGUCUCACACCUGCCAUCUACGAUGACUACUCUGGCCUGGUCAAGAACGGCGUUCCUGAAGAGCUGGUCCUCAAUUACAAGGGCUUCAAUGAGGGUUACUUCAAGUGGAACCUCAAGGAGAGUCUUGAAGUCUUCCCCGACGCCUGGGACACCAAAGCAUGGGCGAAGAACACUGGUGCUUUGGACCAAUUCAAAGCUUGAGCGAGGUGUGAGCCAUCGGAGGAGGGUGAGGAGCAGAUGCAGAGGCAAUGACUCCACACGCGUCGUUUGUAUGACCAAUUCUCGUAGCACUAUUGCAUAUAUCAUUGUUUCGUCCGUUUAUCGUUGUGUCGUUAAGGAUCAGGGGGGGGGGGGGGAAGUCGUCACGGGUCGUUGAUUACAGGUUCGUGAGGGGGAUUCUUU